AAUACCUGUGAACUGCACUGAAUCACGUAGUGACGUAUGGACGUUACCAGGGCUUUUCGUUUUACGGAAAGUGUGUCAUUGUGGUGUUAUAUGUAUGGAGAGUUGCAGACCAGUAAUCUGUUGAUUAUAGUGGAGAUUUAAUGUGAUGUCUUCCUUGAGUGGAAGGAAAAGAAAGUCUCAGGCAGUGGGGAGAAAGCGGACAUUAAAACAGGCAGAAAAUGGAGAAGAUAAAGGACACAAAAAAGCAAGCUCCAAGCUAAAUGAAGAAAUUUCGAGUGAUUCAGAAACUGAGAAUUUUACAGAAGACAAAAGUAAAAAGCAGAAGCAAGAUGAAGAUGAGGAAAUUGAAGAGACAGCACAAGAAAAGAAACUUCGCUUAGCUAAACUAUACUUGGAACAACUCCGCCAGCAUGAAGAAGAAAAUGCCGAGCAAGAUGCCUUUGAGAAUGACCUUAUUGCAGGUCGACUUCAAGAAGAAGUGUACCUGCCUCCAGAUGAGAAAGACAUUCGUGUUUUAAGAGGCCACAAACUUCCAAUUACUUGUCUCGUCAUCUCUCCUGAUGACAAGCAUAUAUUCUCCGCUUCAAAAGAUUUUAAUAUUAUUAAAUGGGAUCUAACAAGUGGAAGGAAGAUCCAUACAAUUGAAGGCAAGAGGAAAGGAGCAGAAGAACAGCAAGUUGGACAUGCAGCUCAUAUCCUCUGUAUGGCCAUUUCUUCUGAUGGCAAGUACCUGGCAUCUGGGGACCGGGGCAAACUUAUUCUGAUUUGGGAAGCAGCAACGUGCAAGUACCUUUACAAGUUCACAGGACACAGGGAUGCUGUCUCGGGGUUGUCAUUCAGGAAAGGAACACAUCAGCUGUACAGUGCAUCACAUGACCGCUCAGUGAAAGUGUGGAAUGUCAGUGAAAAUGCUUAUGUGGAAACUCUAUUUGGCCACCAGGAUGUUAUCACAGGUUUGGACAGCCUUAGUCGAGAGCGAUGUGUUACAUCAGGAGGGAGGGAUGGUUCUGUUCGGAUCUGGAAAAUAGCAGAAGAAUCUCAGCUUGUGUUCCUCGGACAUGCGGGUUCAAUUGAUUGUGUGCAGCUAAUUAACGAGGAGCACAUCAUUUCUGGUGCCGAUGAUGGGUCUAUAGCUCUUUGGGGUGUGACUAAAAAGAAGCCGCUUGCGUUAGUGAAACAAGCUCAUGGUGUCCAUGGAGAUGAGGGACUUGAGCAGCCAUACUGGAUCUGCUCAGUAGCAGCACUGCUAAACAGUGACGUUGUAGCUACAGGUUCACAUGAUUCCAAGAUGAGACUGUGGAAGUGUGGUGAAGGAUUCCGAAGUUUAGAACCACUCUUUGAAAUUCCCUUGAUUGGCUUCGUAAACAGCUUGAAGUUUUCAACCUCUGGAAAUUUUUUGGUGGCUGGAGUGGGACAGGAACACAGACUGGGACGGUGGUGGAGAAUUAAGGAAGCCAGGAAUGGAAUUUAUAUCAUCCCUCUGAAAAAGGUUGGGGCACAAGAUUCUGGACAGCUGCAAAAAAGUUGAUUUCUAAUGGACAUUUUUUCAUCUGCAGCUAUAAGCCAUCCCUCAUUGAAUCAUGGCAAGAAGCACAUGCUGGCCAACCGUUUUGGUAGGUCAUGUACUUGAUCUGCCAGAAGUAAGCUAUAGAAAGAAGUUCCACAUAUCACAGCGUCAAUACACAAUACUUUCAUCAUCUGGUUCGUUUAUUGCUUUGCCUGUACAGAAAAAAAACAUGAUUUUGUGUAAUAAAAUGAUUUAAGCUAUUGUACAUUAUAAUACUAUAGACUAAGUAGCUAUUUUUGUAACAUGAUAAAGGUUGCUAAAGUGUACAGUACAUAAUGUUUUUAUUGAAUUAUUCACAUAUUUUGUUGGAAUUCAGAGUGCUUUUUUCAUGUGAAAAUAAACUCUCCUGAUUUAGA